GUUUAUAGUUUUGUCAAAUUGUGCUUAAUGUUGAAAAAUAGACAACAAAAGAUGUUGAUAGACAGGAACGGUUAAUACAGUUUGAAUGUUUUAAAUGGAGUAAAAUCGCGAAUAUUCCGUGCUGGAGUCAUUCGCGUUUGGGUGGUGACCCAAAAGAAAGUAUUUGUGAGACGUACCUAUUUUAAGAUAUUUUCUUUAGUUUGGGUGAAGCUUUUCACCGAGGCCACUGUUUUCACUUUUGUGAAGUACAGCUAUGGACAAUUUUCAUGGAAGAAGAUCGGGCAAUAGCUCCCCCAAUGUUUAUAGGGAAAAAACCUGGAGAACAAAAGCAAAUGAAGAAGAUAGGCCUUCCAGUUCUAUGUACAACAAUAAAAGGGAAAAUGAAAGUUAUCAACCCAAGUUUAACAAAGGAAACGGACAACCUUUUCGCAUUUCACGUAUUCAGGAACAUCGACCGGACCAUGGUAGAUUCGGUAGCAGACAGCCCCGAUCAAUGGGCUACACGUUUUUAGACGACUUAGUUCGAAAUGACGCGGAAAAAAUAAUUUUAACAUUAGUAAAAGAGCGCAAAGGUUUCACCGAUUUAUUAGAAAAAGAAUUAAACCCCGACGUUGUUGUCUUAAUUGUAAAAAUUUUAACAAAAGUGAGUAGUUCCGCAUUCAGCGAUACAAAAUAUAGCAUCCUUCACUCUUCGUUCAACGACAAGUUCGUGGCGCAACUAAACAAAUUCAUCGCUUGCCUGCCACUAGCCCAAAAGCGACCUAAUUCGCAUUUUUGGAGAGAACCUAAUGAAUUUUGGGCGAAUCUGUUGGAAAUCUGUGAAGAUUUACUGCACACAACCCCCACUUUUGCGUGUAAAACUUUUCCAGCGAUCCUGAAUUCACUCAAGAUUUAUAUUCCCGUCAUUGAAGAUCAGCACAACAUACAAUUGAGUAAAGAUAUCAAAGAUAAAGCCGCAAGACUGCAAGACAUGAUGAAAAUUUUCGUUAAAGAAAAAGAAGAAAAGCAAAAAUGUUCGGAAGAAGCAGCCGCAGCUGAGAGUUUGGACCCUCCGGAUGAUUUUCGCCAAAUCAGCGUUUAUCCAAGUGCUGAAGAAAUAGUUGGCGGUCGCGGGUUUCUGCGACAAAAUGUGGUAGAAGGGCCGUACCAGAACGUAAAUCACUACUUAGACGUGCAGUUUCGGCUUCUAAGAGAGGAUUUCGUGGGGCCUUUGAGAGAUGGCAUUGCCAAUUACCGCGCAUCGCAACCUCUUAACGACAACAUUAAAAUUCAUAAGGCAGUCCAGUUUUUAAAUAGCGAAACCAUCAAUGAGUUCUACUGUCUUCGAGUUCAGUUUGCCUCCAAAAAAAAGAAAGGGUUAAGUUUUCAGAACUCCAAACGAUUUAUGUUUGGCUCAUUAUUGUGCUUCACUCAAGAUAACUUCCAGACUUUGUUCUUUGGAAAGGUGGCUCAACGAAAAAUGGAAGAUUUGACAAAAGGUCAAGUAAUUGUCGCUUUUGAUAAAAGACUGACUGUAGAUUAUAAUAGUACGUACCUGAUGGUUGAGUGUAGCGUUUACUUUGAGCCCUAUUUUCACGUUUUAACAGUUCUUAAAAACAUGACUGAAGAAAACUUUCCCAUGGAAAGGUACAUCGUACGAGUGAAUCCUUCCGUCCAGCCUCCUGAAUACCUAACAGCGCCUGACUGUACCUACGAAAUAGAAGGGCACGAAUUCAACCCUUUGUUAGAAUGGCCCAACGACAAUUUUUAUAGUUUGAAUGAAUCACAAAUGGUGGCUUUUAAAGCGGCCAUAACGCAGGAAAUAGCGGUGAUUCAGGGUCCUCCAGGAACUGGCAAAACCUACAUGGGACUAAAGAUAGCAGAAACGUUAUUAAAAAAUAAAGAUUUGUGGUACGAUUUUUCUCCCAUGUUGGUGAUUUGUUAUACCAACCAUGCACUAGACCAAUUUUUGGAAGGUCUUCUUCCAGUCACCACUAGUCUUAUUCGUGUGGGUGGCCAGUCUAAAAACCCGAGAUUAGAACCUUAUAAUUUGAGAAACAAAUCUGAAAGAGAUGCCACCGUUUCUAUUAAACGCAGGGAACUUCAAGAUUGCUUGCGCAACAUAAAAGUUACAGCGGAGAAUCUGCAACAGAUCGAGUAUUUUAAUAGUGUAGUAUCAUUUUACAACUUCGCUGAAGUAAUACCCGAUUACGAAGACACUUGGUUUGCAACGGCAAAACAAGAUGACAUAAUAAAAUGGCUUCUAGAAGAAACUCAUCAUGGACAGCGCAGGACACACAAUAAUCUAGAAGCGAUGCAGGUUUGGAAUGAAUUCAACCGAAUAGGAAUCAAUGACGAAGUUAAUAACGAUGUGUACUCAGAAAACUCGGCUGAUGACGCUAGUUUUAACAAUCAUAUCAUUUCAAAAUUUGAUUCGAUUUUUGAGGAAGUGUUCGAUUACUUACCUCAGGUGAAAAGAAGCUUUUUCUUAAUUACAUUGAAUUCGAUGCGAGAGCAAAUGAGAGAAUACGAAACUACACUAGUGCAACUAAUGCAAAUAGAUAACCCGACUUUCCACGAACUAAUUAGAGAAGAACAGACGCGUAUAUACCUGGAUGAAUUGCACCGCACAUUUGAAUAUGUAAAGGCACGUUUAUCCGAAGGUAGAUAUCUACAAGGCCGCAUCCGACAACCAGAUAACGUCGACUUGCGUAGACCGCACACGAUUCCCUUUGAAAGUAGAUGGCAUUUAUAUUUUUAUUGGUUAAGUCUAUAUCGACAGCGUGAAGCUGAUGUUCUGAAAAUGACCUGCGAAGAUUUUCCUACGUUGUGUAAGGAAUAUGAAGAACUGAGACAAAUCGAAGAUGUGCGAACUAUGAGAGAUGCACAAGUGAUAGGAAUGACUACGACAAGUGCUGCUCGUUUGAGGUCUUCGUUACAAACUUUGAAGAGCCCUAUAGUGAUCGUAGAGGAAGCAGCUGAAGUACUGGAAGCACAUAUUGUGACUUCUGUUACAAAACAUUGCAAACACCUCAUUCUCAUAGGCGAUCAUAAACAGUUAAGACCAAGUACAGCUAACUACAAUCUGGAAAAGCAGUACCGUCUUGGGAUUAGCUUAUUUGAAAGAAUGAUUAUCAAUAAGUUACACUGCUACACGCUUAAUGUACAACAUCGCAUGCGACCAGAAAUUGCUUGUUUGAUUCGACCAGCAAUUUACGACUUUUUGGAAGAUCAUCCUUCAGUACUACAAAGACCAGUAAUUACAGGCAUUGAUAAUUGUCUCUUUUUCAUUGACCACGACAACCUAGAAGAACCUUAUGAAGGGUCAAGCAAAAUUAAUCUUCACGAAGUUAGGUUUCUUAUAUAUUUAGCACGACAUUUGGUUCUGAAUGGAUAUAAUCCAGAAAAUAUAACAAUUUUGGCUGCUUAUUUAGGCCAGUUCUUCGAAUUCAAGAACAUGAUUAAAGCACAUCUCGAUUUGUUGGAUGGUGUAAAAAUUGUAGUUCUAGACAACUACCAAGGAGAGGAAUCCGAUAUUAUACUUCUUUCACUAGUUCGAAACAACGAAGAUAAUAAAAUUGGUUUUCUGUCUAUAGAGAACAGAGUAUGCGUUGCUCUGUCCAGAGCUAGAAAUGCUAUGUACAUAAUGGGCAACAUGGCGCAGCUUUCCAGUGAAAAUAAACUUUGGGGGAAAAUUAAAACAAGUUUAGAAAGACAGAAUGCUCUGGGUCAGGCGCUACCAUUAAGGUGUCAGAUCCAUCAAGAUCAAAUCACGCUUGUUAAAUGCGAUACUGACUUCUUUUCUGUGUCUGAAGGUGGAUGCAGCAAAAAGUGUGAUAUGGAUUUGAAGUGUGGUCAUAAGUGUACAUACUUGUGCCAUAUUAGGGACAGAACGCAUAUGUUUUACAAGUGCCAGACGCAGUGCAACAAGCCGCUGUGCAGCAAAGACGAAACCCACAUUUGUAAGAAAAUGUGUUUUGAAGAUUGCGGAUUGUGUACUUACUUGGUAGAAAGAACCUUGCCGUGUGGUCACGAAGUCAAUAUUCCUUGCCACGUAGAUCCUGAAACCUACAAAUGUCAAGUUAAAGUCCCGACUGAACUCCCUUGUGGGCAUAAAACCGAUAAACCCUGCUCCUACGACCCGCAAACUUUCAGGUGUCCACACAUAUGCGAUGUCCAGGUUCAACCCUGUGGACAUUCUUGUGAAUUACUCUGCCACAUUCGAACAGAUCCGGAUCAUUUAGAGUAUCGAUGCAAAAAACCUUGCACUAAAUUUAUGAAAGACUGUUCUAUUGAGAGUGAGGAGCACCGAUGCAAGAAACAGUGUUGGCAGGAGUGCGAUACCUGUACUGUAACUGUUCGGAAACGAAGAACCCUUUGCCCUCACUUUUAUGACGUACCGUGUAAAUCUGACGUGGAUGAACUCGUCUGCGAGAAACCUUGUACAAAAAUCUUGAAGUGUGGUCAUCCUUGUAAAGCUAAAUGUAACGAACCUUGCAGAGAGUGUCAGUUGAAGGUUUUUAAGGAAAACGCAAUAUGUGGCCACCAAGUGAAAGUGAGAUGUUGCGAGGCCCCCAGUCGCAAGUACUGUAAUAGACAGUGUCCCUUGAAGUUGCCUUGUGGCCAUUUAUGCACGAAGAAAUGUAACGAACCGUGCACUGAAAAAUGUACCGAGAUUGUCGAUUGUGAUGGUAUAGAAGCAGAAUGUGGUCACUUGGUCACCAGAACCGAGUGCCACAUGACGACAUCGUGUGUAGAUCCAAAACUACUGGUGAGAUAUUGUAAAGAACCCUGCAGAGAAAUACUGAAAUGUGGCCACUCGUGUUCUGGAAGUUGUGGUGAAUGUUCGCAAGGACGCGUUCACAAAAGGUGCUCGGAAAAAUGUGGCACCUUACUUGUUUGUGACCACAAAUGUGAGUUUCCUUGUCGGCAAGCAUGCCGACCUUGCAAAAAAGUCUGUGAAUAUAGAUGCCAACAUAGCGCUUGUAAGAAAUUCUGUGGUGAAAUUUGUACUCCCUGUAGAGAAAGAUGUCCCAGAAGAUGCAAGCAUCAGUGGUGUAAUAAAUUUUGCGGCGAGAUUUGCAGUGUGCCUCCGUGCACAGAACCAUGUCAGAAGUUGCUGAAAUGUGGACACCAAUGUGUUGGUUUUUGUGGAGAUCAGUGCCCUCCGAAAUGCAUGGUUUGUGAUAGAGAAGAGUUGUUGGAGAUAUUCUUGGGUUAUGAGAGUGAAGAUGCUCGAUACGUUUAUUUGAGUGAUUGUAAGCAUAUUGUUGAACAUACAGGAUUGGAGCAAUGGUUACUCCUCAAUGAAAAUCAGAUUUCGUAUAAAGUUUGCCCUAAGUGUAAGACGGCAAUUAGAACUACCCAACGAUACAGUGACUAUAUCAAAAGAGCUAUUCAAGAUGUGGCGGCAGUUAAGUUUAAAACUAAUGGAAGGCUUGAGGAUAUUACAGAAAUCAGAAAGGAUAUGCAGUAUGUUUUAAGAAAACUGGAACAACAAUCUGGGAACUUGGUUAUGUAUUGUCAACCAAUACACGUUUUACUACAAGGCAUAAAAACUAGAAUUCAGACAACCAAGAAAGGCAGACACCCAAACAUCAACAUCCAUGAAGCGAGAUCCCUUAAAGCAAAGCUUCAACUCAUUGAACUUGUGGUUAACAUUUGUUGCGACAAAACUGUCUCGAUUGCGACACCUCGAGAAAUUUUCUUCCCACAAGUAAAUUUUAUAGUUCGUGUUUUGUCACGGGAUGUUGACUACAUUACAAAUCAAGAAAUCGAGGAUGUUACUUUGGAAAUUAGCAGACUAGCCAGAAUAGUAGAUUAUAGUUGUAUACAAAAGGUUCCACAGUUUGCUUACUCCAAGAAUAACGAAGAAGGUAAAGACCUAAUCGCUUCUGUGGAGAAGCAGCUUUUUGAAAGUAAACGAUUUUCAAAAAAGAGGAACGACCUGCUGAAAGCACUUCUGACUGAAUUAAAUGAUGUUCUGAAAUCUGGAUUAGCCAUUUCCGAAGAAGAGCGAAUCCAGAUAGUUGAAGCUAUGCGAUUUAGUAAAGGACAUUGGUUUAAGUGCCCCAAUGGGCAUAUAUACGCUAUUGGGGAAUGCGGUGGUGCUAUGCAAGAGGCACAGUGUUAUGAGUGUGGGGCAAAGAUUGGUGGGUCAAAUCACCAACUUUUAAAUGAUAAUGCAGUUGCUACCGAAAUGGAUGGAGCUACGUAUAGUGCGUACUCGGAAAGAGCAAACUUGAUGAAUUAUGAUCUGGAAUACAUACGAAACUUGGAGAACUAAGAAAGUGCUUGUUUAUUCUUCUCUCCAUUAGUUUUUUUUUUUUUUUUUUUUAGUUACAUAGUAGUUUACUGAUUAUUGUUUAUAACAGUUUAGUAAUGUAGUUACGUCUGGAGUUUUCACUAACGCAAACACAUCUAUAAUUGAAGAAUAAUUACGUUAAGUCCGAUAUGUUAAUUUUCGAUGGGAGUUUUCUCAUACAUAUAUUAUAGAAACUAUUAUUCAUAAUUUUGUCUGUAUGUGUCAAUUUAAUAAAUAUUUUUAUUAGC